AUUGGCAUAUUUAUCGUCUGCACGCUAGGUCUUUGGACGGCGUCACAUUCACAGGUCCCCAGAGACCUUGUUUUUGUGUAUACAUUGGUUUUGUGAUCUAGUGAAAGAAUUUCCUGAAUUUCCCAAAAUAUAUUUAAAAUAAUUAGGCCUACAGUGUAUGAAGUAAGCAAUUCAUUUGGUCCUUCCUCAAGACUCAAGAGGUUAGGUAUAAAACUUCGGCCGAAAUGAAUGAGUUUCAGAAUGAAGUUUUACGACAAGUUGUUGGACAUUGCAGCCAUAAUAUUGGCUGGAAUGGGAUUCAUGCCUCUUCUUUAGACUUACUUACUGAAGUUCUUCAGAAAUACUUGACUGAAACAGGCCAUUCAUUGCACAGAUAUUCAGAACAAUUUGGACGCACAGUUCCAAAUUUAGAUGACUUAGGUUUGGUUUUUCGAGAUAUGGGUAUCUCUAUACCUGACCUUUCCGACUAUGUUUGCAAUGUUGAACCUACACCUUUCAAUGAAGACAUUUCUGCAAUACCCAUACCCAGAGAACAUGCAUUGAAUUUCCUUAAACCAGGAAGCCAUGAAGUCCUUUCCAGGCCUGUUCACAUUCAUGAACAUUUACCUCCAAUGCAGCAUAUAAUCCUUGGUGAAGACAAAGUUUCAGGGGAUGAAACAGAAAUUGCUGAAAGUCUUAACGUUUCUAUUCAAGAAAAUGUGGAACAAAUUACAAGUUUGUCUCCACAUUCUUAUUCUUUUAAAAGACCUGAUGGGGCUGAGAAGCGGAAAGGGGGGUGGUUGGGUGAUGAUGGGCAACCAAUAAGAGAAAUAUCCAGUGUAAUGAUGACAACUUCAGGGUAUCUCUCUUCCUCAAGAGAAGGAAAGUUACCAGAAACCAAAAUUCGAAAAAUAUGUCCUGAAACCGAAUUAGAAAACCUCCCUACUGAGAAAAAAAUUAACAUGAAGAAACUGUUUGAAGGCAUUAAAAAAGCUGACGAGAAUUCGAGAAAAUGCGAUGAAAAGGAUUCAGAUUUAGUGAAAAAAUUAAAUGAAAUCAUUAAAGACCGUGAAGUUGAAAACGAAGAAGGAAAAAAAUUACAACUCGAACCAACCAAAGAGGCAGAUGUUGAAAAAGAAGGAAAGAGAGAACGAAACAAAGACAAGGAACGUGUAAAAGAACAGGAAAAGGAAAGGGAAAGGGAGGUCGAAAAGGAACGGGAAAAGGAGAAGGAAAAAGCUGAGAAAGACAAAAUUAUUGCGAAAGAACAAGAAAAAGAGAAAAUGAAGAAGAAACGAAAGGAAAAAUUGUUGGAAGAAUUUGCAUUCUUUGAAAAAGAGAAGUCUACAUCGUUUAAACCUUCAGAAUCAAUCACACCAGUUGAUUCCACUAAGCAAAAGUUGAAUAUUUUCAAAAAACUUUCUAAAACCAAAGACAUUGAUAAUCAGGCAUCACGCGUCGCUGUGCCACCACCGCACCGCGUUCCCCCGGAAACCAACGAGUCUGAAAAAGGAUCCAAUGCAUCGUUCGAUGAAGUUGCAUUUAAAGGGUUUUCGGAUAUAGCGUCGCUUUCUUCAAACAGUGAAGUUUUCCCCAUUGAAAAAACCAAGGUUUCGAAAAAAGAACGCAAGCUAAAAAAUAAAAAGGAUCGUCAUGGAUUUGCUUCCGAAAUCGGUAUUGUAGACGGUCAAAGUAAGGGGAGACCAGGGGCUGAUUUUUUUAAAGGAGAUCCUGCGAGCUCAAAGGAGGAAUCGUCGUUUCAGAGCGAUUCAACAAGUGGUGGAAAAUCAAGCCAAAAUCAAGCCAAGAUGGUGACUGAUCAUGGUGUUGACCUACCUAAAAGGAAACGAGGUCGCCCUUCUCGAAUGAUGACGCCCGAAAUAAGUGAAUCUCAAAUAUCUGAAGUAGUACCACCACCAGUGCACGCUGAAUCACCCAUUCCAUCGAUUCCGAAAUCUUUUUUCCCCUUCUCCCCUCAUUUUCCUGUUCCCGGAUUGGUUUCCCAGCCAUUUAUUCAAAAUGUCCCAUUCAAUUUAUUGGGAGUACCUCCCUUGGGACUAAGAUCACCUUUAGGGAUUUCUCCUUCGAAUAUGUUGGCAAGCUUAGGAGCCAUACCUACCAACGUAUCGCCAUCCGAUUUUAGCACAACACCCAAAGGGGAUUCCACCAAUAAAAUACCUCCGUCACCUUCUCCAGCUACCAAGUCUCCUAAUAUUGUUGACAGCCUCCCUGAAUCAUCGUUACAUAUAGACACUUGUGAAAGUGACGCUACUUUAUCGAAAAAGAAAGAAAAAAGAGAUAAGAAAGAAAAAGAGAAAAAGAAAAAGGAGAAAAAAAUCAAAGUUAAGGUUUCUGACGAGCAAGAACGAAAAACCAAACGGGAAAAGAAAAAAGAAAAAAAAGACAAAGACAAAGAAAAGGACAAAUGUAAGGAGAAAGAAGAAAUAACUGUCCCUAAAAUAACGUUUAAAUUUGCAGCUGCACCUACUUCACCAAAUCCGCCCACGCCAGAUUCUACUCCAAAACUAAUAUUUAAAGCCAUGGCUGGCAGAGAGGGAAAUUUCACUACGGCUGCAAGUGGGAACCGAGACGUAAUAUCGCAAUCGCCUGUCCAACCUUCUGUUGAAGUUGCAAAAUUUUCUGCUUUGGUUACACGGCCUCCUAAACUGGUAAAAACUGUGAAGGAGACUCCAGCUAUCAAACCUUGCGGGGAAACCUCGUUGGAGUCUCCAUCUACUUCUCAAACGGCUCCCCCAGGGUCCCCUCGUACACCUAGUCCAUCUCCGAAAGUCAGACGUGAAAAACCUCAAAAACCUCCUCGAGUCACAAAAGAAAAAGAGAAGAAAAAAGCCGAGAAACUUGGUGUUGGAGAUGUAGCGGUUAUUACAGAAACAGUUGGUUCUUACUAUGACGAAUUCGGGAACAAGAUAUGGAUAUGUCCAGCUUGCGGCCGUCAAGACGAUGGAACUCCAAUGAUAGGCUGUGAUGAAUGUGACGACUGGUACCACUGGGUUUGCGUCGGGAUUCGAGUUCCACCUGCUGAAACAGAAAGUUGGUUUUGUCAACGCUGCAUAGCAAAAAAGCAAGGCUCUUUGAAGGACAAGAAAAAAGGAAGGAAAAAGAAAUCGGUCUAAACUACAUGUUUCUGUACAUUAUUUUUGUAUAAUUUGGCAGAUUUAUCUUUGUUUCUGCCAAGUUAACGUAAAUUUUAUUUUUUUUUUGGCGGGGGGAGGAUUGAAUGGAAUUAUUAUUGUGGUGGUGACGCCGAGGAUGUUAAAUAAAUAUGAACUUUUUUCGAUCGA